GCCAGCCGACUAGGACGACACAACUGAACAGAGGACUUGUUGAAGAAACACGAUGAUCAACUUAGAUGGUUUGCUACAGGUUCUAAUAUUCGUGUUAAUAGUAGCGAACAUAUGGGUCUUGCUCUCAAAACAAGGUUUGGAAGUCAGCACCUGCACAUCCCAGACAGUCCAGCAAAUCAGAGACUCAAGUGACCCUUUAGAGUGCGAUCCUUCAUUCCUGCCAGAUAAGUGCUCUUCGCUUCUGAAUGGCGUUGACUUCAAUAAAGGUUUAGUUAUUGGAAAACCAAUAUCAAGAAAAGUAUUCCUGACGGUGGGCGUGGCGAUCUGGGAUUAUAACGUACAGAAAAUUCGUCCAACGCUGUCUUCACUCGUAAAACACGUGACUCAAGAUGCCAAUGACGUCAUCAUAGUAAUCUCAGUGAGCCAGCAUUACAUUCCUCAAGUCCAGCAGCUUCUCAAUCAAUACUUCAGUCAACAAAUGGAAUCUGGUUUAAUUCACGUAGUAUCACCUACAGCGGAGUAUAUCCGCGUGUUGUCGAGACGACCAGCUCUUGGCGAUGUUUACUUCAGACAGUACUCCCAGGACUUCAGGAGCAAUCUCAUAGCAUUCAACAAGAUCAUGGGAUUCCUGCUUUUCUACUCGCACCAGAUCUCAGAUCAUGUCUUACAUGUUUCUGAUCAAACCAUCGCUAAUGCCAGGUUUGUACCAGAUAUCAAGGUCAUGGUUCAAAGAAACAACAAUUCCCGCUACUUCGCGUUGUCAUUCUCAGACUUCAACGUAUAUCCAUCUAGUGUUUUGCAACGGUUUUCAGAGUUUUACGCCAUGUUUGGCCUGAAAAGUGCACCCAGUAUUAUCUUCGACUAUCAGUUCGCGAGGCAGUCGAGAAAGCAAACUAUCAACUCCAAUACACAACUGUUUUCUCUACACAAAGAAGAAAGCAAGAGACCAGAUGCAAAAGUGGAGACAUCGCUCAUUACCGUUGACCAGCAACACACAGUUGACAACUUGUACAGUGAAAAGCCUGGCUUCUUUUGGUCUAUGGCUCCCAAACAACACGACUAUGUUCAAAUCACUUUUAAAGAUUCCAUCAAGUUAUCUCGUAUUUUAGUAUCGACGGGUUCAGAGUUAUUGAGAGAUAUACCUAGCAUGGCAGUUCUGUUGGCAUGCCCUGAAAAAGAGCAGCAGCAAUCUUUUUCCUGUGACCUGGACAAGUGCCAGGUGUUGGCCAAGUUUGGAGACCCCGUACAGGAUUUGAGGAACCUUCAAGACGUUCUUACGUUCCCUGUCAAAUGUUUGAGAAUCAAGUUCACCAAAAAGCUAGAAAACUGGGUCAUAAUUCGGGAUGUUUCUGUGUGGACUGCAUCAUGAUAAACUAUUAAUAUAAGCAAGGUUAUAGGCGUUAAGCAAUUAGGCUUUGAUAUAGGUAAGUCUUGUUCAUGUGGGCCAUGUAUGUGGACAAUGGCCACAAGUAGUAUCUCCUGCAUACAGUAUGCGAGUCGUCGAUUUGUAGUCAGUUUUAAGGCCAUUUUGCAUAUGGUAUUGGUGUAUUUUGACUUUUUCUUUCACAUCUUUUACAUUAUGUUAACUGAAUGGUAGCUAAAUUCAACGAUUUUCAAUCAUGUGCGAUUCGUAAUAGAUGACAUUUUGCAAGGGCUAUAUCCCAUGGUAUAUUGGUGUAUUUUGACCAUUAUUCACAUCUUUUAAAUUAAGAAUUUCAAAACAAAUUAAAUGAUUUUAAAUCAUGUACGAUUCAUAAUAGA